CAUUUUUAUUUAGGAAUGCCCCCGUGCACAUUUCCGCUUCCAUGCAAAUAACCGGAUUUUUUAUAUGCGUCAAGUUUACUGAAGUUUUUACAAUUUACGUUUUAAUUUUGUGUUUUAUCGUGACGUUUUUACGGUUUUUUUGCGGGAAACGUUUGAAGAAAUGACCGACAUUUACGCCCUAAAACACAGGCACCUAACCAAGGACGUGAACUUUAUCAAAAAACUGGAACAAAAACAGAAACAAUUCGAACGUCUUUCGUGCCACAGAACCAGUCAAAAUAGUCGUUUUAAGGCUCACCCGAACUUGUUGCACUCAGAUUCCGAUACCCCUGCCUCUGCAUCAUGUACCCCCAGAGUAACAACCACUUUUUCCGCCAGCACCACCACCCUUGUCUAUCCGAAACCCUCGGGAAGUUUUAGGGAAACUAAACUAAGGGCGGCCAACUACCAUCGUCUCCUGCAUGAAAAACUGUCGAUAAUCGACGGAAAUCCUUCGCAUCUAAGUGACUUCACUGGAACGGGUGACUGUAUGCCCCACAGAAGCGACAGGAGCUCUACUAGCCUCGGUAGUUGCUCCUUGGACUCAGUUUAUGGGGAUUUUACUGAUUCCAGGUGCCAUAGUCUGGCCCCUAAGAAACCAUUGGAGAAAACUUCCAAUAAACCAAACAGCGCCGCAGAGAAGAAGAGUAAUGCAAGCAGAUUGUCUUCUCAGCAAAGUUUUGCUCCUAAAGGCAUUCCUAUUUCGGUUUUCGAGAGGAAAGUGAAAGUGGUGGUGACGAAGAGUUUGCAGAAUAUCACAGAAAUAAAAAGCAUUAUGGCCCAAGGAAUAGAACCUCCCGAUGGUGAGGAGGAGGAGGCCAAAAGAGUAGUUAGAGCCAAAGAGUUUUCCAAUAGAUUUUCCAGAAACUACUUGUACCCCUUGGGACGUCAGCUUCAAGACUUCAAUUCGCCCACCCUAACUCAACUAAACCCGUUAAUUGUAAACCAAAAGCUCCUCUCAGCUUAUCAAAUUAUCCAGACAGCGUUACAGGCUUACCAGCACUACUUACCAUCCUCCCACGGAGAUUGUACUUUCACCCAACUGAAAAUUCUUAUGAAUCAUAUUCUCGGCAUAUGUGACAUACAUAGGAUGCAGCUAAAGGACCAAGAAGACAGCUAUUUAGUGGAAUUCGUUGAUUCAUAUAAAAUCAAUGCUGAAUUAGUUAUUCAAAAAGUGGAUGAGAUGCUUACCUUGCCCAAAAGUGAUAAGAAACUUGAAGCGAGUAAGUCCGAACAGUCGAAAUGUGUUGCUGGUAAGCAGCUUACGAAAAGACUAAAGGGGAGCAAGUCUAAACUUUCGAUGUAUACAACCACCGCUUCGUUUAGGAAAGAUGCAGCGUGGAAGAGGGCCGUCGAUUGUUUGGCUAAGAAAAGGUUCAAUGUAAAAUCAAAGUACAGGACGGCCGCCUUCAAGCACCGCCCCCCGAUGCAAAAAGAGACGGACAACAAUCUGGCCAUUUCCCGGUUGAAAAACUUAUUUCCGGAAAAAUCUGGAGCCUCACGAGCCACCAGGCUGAAUUCUCCCGUUAACGAGGACACGAUCAAAACAAUGGUGGAGGCGCAGAUGAACGGCGAUACCUUGAUGAUCCAGAAGGAAGAGUGGGAGAAAAUGGAGAAGAAAAAUGGAGGAAAGUGUUGUGGUGCUGAGGUGCAUUCGAAUAAGGAGGAUCUGCUGAUCAAGUUGCUCCAGUUCACCCUGAAAUCCCACCAAGACGACGACGAGCCGCCAAAAGGAGAGAAAAUCACCGAAAUCGUGAAUUUAAUCAAAAACGAGUCGAACGAGGAUUUUUUGAAAAAAAUCAUCGAUGGUCUGUCCACUCCCGCCGCCAAACCUGCGGAGGGGCAAGAGUUGACCUUACAAAUCGUCAAAAGUCAAGUGAAUAUCAGUGAGGAGAGCAGGGAGGGCAGUAAGAAAAGCGCGAGGAGAGAGCCUAAAGUGACCGUAACAGGGGACAGAAACGCCCGACUGAUAUGCAUAACUGACGAUAAUUCCCUGAUUGAACCCGUGGAAGAAAUCCCUGAUGAGGGUGACAAAGUGGCCAAAACGUCCUCCUCGCAAACCCAAACCGACGUAGGGGACGAUAAAAAGACUAAUAAGGCUACUCCUCCACGCAAUCAAAAAACCAAACCUAAGAACUUCUCUAACAUGAAAAUAAGCCGCAUUAAGAAGUGCGAAAGAAGUUUAAAACCCUUGGAUCCCCUAGAUAAGAAACUGGCUGUGGAGGCCAUCCAGUACAAGUUGGACUUUUACAGGCACUGCAAGAAUAAUCCGAUGUAUAAGAGGUCCACCACUUGCCAGCCAUGGGUGUUAAUGAACAAGCUAUCAGAGGAUAUAUUGAAUGAGUGUCUUCUAGGAGUCGCAAGGGAAAUUGAGGUCAACGAUAUGGUGGAGAGAGUUUACCAGUCGGAGCUACAACUGUAGAGUAAUUUUUCUAUUUUAUAUAAAAUAAACUAUUUUUUUACAUA